GCGCAGCCCGCUGACCUGGGCGCCCACAAGCGCCCGGCGUCUGUGUCGAGCAGCGCGGCCGCGGAGCACGAGCAACGCGAGGCGGCGGCCAAGGAGAAGCAGCCGCCGCCGCCCUCGCACCGCGGCCCUACCGACAGCCUGUCCACUGCGGCCGGGGCCGCCGAGCUGGGCCCCGAGGGCGCGGGCAAAGGCCGCGGGCCCGGAGAGCAGGACUGGGUCAACAGGCCCAAGACCGUGCGCGACACGCUGCUGGCACUGCACCAGCACGGCCACUCGGGGCCCUUCGAGAGCAAGUUUAAGAAGGAGCCGGCCCUGACUGCAGGCAGGUUGUUGGGUUUCGAGGCCAACGGGGCCAACGGGUCUAAAGCAGUUGCGAGAACAGCAAGAAAAAGGAAGCCUUCUCCAGAACCAGAAGGUGAAGUUGGGCCCCCUAAGAUCAAUGGAGAGGCACAACCGUGGCUGUCCACAUCUACAGAAGGGCUCAAGAUCCCCAUUACUCCUACAUCCUCUUUUGUGUCUCCACCACCACCCACUGCCUCACCUCAUUCCAACCGGACCACACCGCCUGAAGCGGCGCAGAAUGGCCAGUCCCCAAUGGCAGCCCUGAUCUUAGUAGCAGACAAUGCAGGGGGCAGUCAUGCCUCAAAAGAUGCCAACCAGGUUCACUCCACUACCAGGAGGAAUAGCAGCAGUCCACCCUCUCCGUCCUCUAUGAACCAAAGAAGGCUAGGCCCCAGAGAGGUGGGAGGCCAGGGGGCAGGCAGCACAGGAGGACUGGAGCCAGUGCACCCUGCCAGCCUCCCGGACUCCUCUCUGGCAGCCACUGCCCCCCUGUGCUGCACCCUCUGCCACGAGCGGCUUGAGGACACCCACUUUGUGCAGUGCCCGUCCGUCCCUUCGCACAAGUUCUGCUUCCCUUGCUCCAGACAAAGCAUCAAACAGCAGGGAGCUAGUGGAGAGGUCUAUUGUCCCAGUGGGGAAAAAUGCCCUCUUGUGGGCUCCAAUGUCCCCUGGGCCUUUAUGCAAGGGGAAAUUGCAACCAUCCUUGCUGGAGAUGUGAAAGUGAAAAAAGAGAGAGACUCGUGACUUUCCGGUUUCAGAAAAACCCAAUGAUUACCCUUAACUAAAACUGCUUGAAUUGUAUAUAUAUUUCCAUAUAUAUAUAUAUAUAUAUAUAUCCAAGACAAGGGAAAUGUAGACUUCAUAAACAUGGCUGUAUAAUUUUGAUUUUUUUGAAUACAUUGUGUUUAUAUUUUUUUUUUGACGACAAAAGGUAUGUACUUAAAGGCAUUUUCUUCUUUUGUUAACGUUAUUAGCAUAUCUUUGUGCUUUAUUAUCCUGGUGACAGUUAACGUUUAAUGUAGGCUGUGACUUGCGCUGCUUUUUUAGAGCACUUGGCAAAUCAGAAAUGCUUCUAGCUGUAUUUGUAUGCACUUAUUUUAAAAAGAAAAAAAAAAGCCAAAUACAUUUUCUGACAUUGUAAGAUUGCCUUACUGUCUGUUAUUCCUUAUUGCUGGCCCCUUUCUCAGGCUGGAGGCCAAUUGGUGGAGAAGGAAAGGAAAUGAGUGAAAGGGGCACUGUUGUGAAGUGGGCAUGCCACUGGGAAAAAUCACCAAGUUGACCCCAAAAUAUUGUCCUUUUAGAGUAAUAGGAAAAUAGAUUUUGAAUCUUUCUCUAUUUUGUUCUUAAAGUUCAGUUGUUGGGAUUUUGAUGACUGCCUACGAGUUGCUGCUGAGAGAUUUUCAGGACUGUGUGGUUUUUUGGAGGGGAUUUUUUUUUUUUUUAAGGCAAAGUUGACCACUGUUCACUGCCCACGUGAUCAGUUGUAAGAUUACAAUGCUGCAUGCUAGUUGGUUACAUAAUACACAAUUCAGUGACGGAAGGCGGUGAUAAUGGAUGGUGGUGUGUACAAGAUGGCACUGCCAUCUUUGAACAGAGCCUGGCUCUGCAGCGCCACUUCAUCUUUUUAAACACCCUAGAGCUCUGUUUGUUGUUGCUGUUGUCAUUUCCUUUGGAAAAAGUCUCAAGAGAAGUUACAGUCCAGGUGAACUUGGAGAUUGUGGGAUUGGUUUUGUUUCUGUUUUGUGUUUUGUUUUUUUAUCAUUUACCUGUAGUGCUAUUGCUGUUCAUACUAUCACCUGCACCCGUUUCUAGUGAGUGCUAAAUACAGUAUGGUACAAUGACAGGAACAGCGCCCGGUGCUGCCAGGACUGCCCGUGGGCAUAUCAGUGACAGCCCAAAUGGGGGUGGAGGAAACCUGUAAUUUCCUUCUUACAUGUGUUUGAAAUACCAAGUGAAUAAUACUGUUCUUCUGGAAAAAAAUUAUGAACUAGUGAAAAUUAAAGAGUUUUACGUAAUAGGCCCCACCUCUCAAACUAUUUUUAGAAGACUUUUGUAAACUAAUUUUUUUGAUCACUAUUUUGCAUCAGUUAAAUGAUUUUUUUAAACCAAUAAAUCAUCAGUUAUUAGAAAUAGUUGUCUCACAGUGAUACUGGUUUUUCUUUUGUGCUGUUAUGAUUUAACAUUGACAGGAACACUAUUUUAAAUCCUUUUAUGUUCAGGUGUUUGUAACUUGGCCCUAUAAUUAGGCUGAAUCAUGGCUUCAAGGUCUACUACAACUUAUGUGUAUUGUUCACAACCUAGCUUCUAUUUUAAUUUGAAAAUGUAGAUUGUUACCCACUUUGGAUUCUUUUUAGUUAUGUUUUUGUCUUUCUUUUUUUUAAAUUGCUCAAAUAUUUUUUUAAUGGUCGAGUUAUUAACACUUGAAAAUCAGAUACUGCACCAAAUACAGUAUUUUUUUGUAGUGUUUUAAUGAGUGCACCUACUAUUAAUGCUGUGCAAAGUCACAUUACCAGUCAUUGUUAUAUUCCAAACAGACUUGCAUGAUUAACCAGUAUGUUGUUACACUUUUAUUUUUUAAAUUGGAGUAUCUAUGAGUCAGAUCAGAUUGGUUUCUGUUAUGUAAAUGCACACAUGCAGAAACACAGAGUCAAUUUUACAUGCCCAUAAAGAGAUUUGUAAAGAAUUCAACUAUUAUGGUUUGUUGUAUAAAUGCAUAUCUAGGCACUUUAUUAUAAACUGGAAUUUGACCUCAUAGAUGCUACAAGUUGAUCUGUCAUUUGAGCUAAUUUGUGGUGGCUAUCUGUAUGUUUUGCAAUCUUAAUACAGAUAAGCUUUCCAAAAGGAUUAAAAAAGAAACAUCUUGCUGUUUUGAAUAAGUUUAUCCAGCUGUGGAAAAGACAACCUAUGGUUUCUCUGCGCUGGUAUAGGGGGAGAAGAUGAACAGCUUUAAAGGCCUGUGUGUUGAGGUUACUCCUAUUAAAAAAUAAGAUCUGCAGGAGUCUGACUGGCCCUUGGGUGGCCUUCGUGGAAGGCUUGCAAGCUGGAAAGUGUUGGUCUGGGUUAUUUUUCUGGCAUUUCCUUAGUUAAAAAGUUAACAUUGGGACAUGGGUUUGAUCUUUUGUUGUACCUGAUGACAGUGCAGAGAUUCUCCACAGCUGGAUAAAAAUGUCAGAAAGCUACUUACUGUACAUGGGCAGUAUCAGAUUUCAAAUCCUAAUAUUUCAGCUGUGCUUUAAUACUCAAAAUAUCAGGGGAUGGGGUGUUGAAGCUUUCCCUUUUUUACUUUAACAAUUUAUAGAAUUUAACAGAUGUACUGUCUUUCAUGUGGCCUCACAUUAAAAGUUAUGAGACCGUACACAUGGUUUACAACUUUUACUAUAUACCUUUCCUUGGCCACCAAGUAUUUUAAAAGUGUGCCACCUUUUAACCUUUACUUUUUUUUAAGUUGAAGGUGAUACUUUUUCUAUAUAUGAUGAAAGUCAUGUCAACUGAAGUGAGUGUAAUCUCAGAUAUCAACAUUAUUAUAUUUUAAAAUCACGCUAUGGAAAUAUCACCUGCAUUCUGUCAUUUGUCAGAUUUAUAGUACCUUUUUUUUCAUUUAACUUUUAGCAUUAAAUAAAAAUAAAAUUGGGA